AUGGAGAACGAGGCCCUUUCGAACUAUCUUCUCGUCAUCUGUGGUUCCCUAGCGGUGGUCUUGAUCGUCUGGCGGGUGACACAUGUUAUUGUCACCUACGUGCGGAUGGUUGCUUGUCUUACGAAUGACACACAACGAUACUUCGCAUACCCGUCCACCAAGGUUUCCUGGUUCAAGAGAAACAUUCUAUACUCGCCCAUUUUCAGCAAGCGGCGAAACCGAGAGUUCCAAUUGAGCAGUGUGGCCAAUAUGGGCACGCUACCGACCCGCCUACAACUCCUUUUCCUCCUCGGAUACCUGGCAACCAACGUGGCCUUCUGUGUUAUCAACAUCCCUUUCGCAGGAUCCUUCUCUGAUGCCGGCAGGCAGUUGCGAAAUCGCAGUGGAACGUUGGCUACAGUAAACAUGAUCCCUCUCUUUAUCAUGGCCGGCAGGAAUAACCCGCUGAUCAACUGGCUUGGCAUCUCCUUCGACACUUUCAACCUUCUGCACCGCUGGUUCGGGCGGAUUGUUGCUGCGGAGGCCCUGUGCCAUACUCUCGCGUUCUAUGCCGUUUCUGCUCAGGCAAAGGGCUGGGAUGUUGCGGUUCGAGGUUCUUUAGCUGUGCCAUACCUCAUGUGGGGAUUCAUUGCCACGUGCGCCUUUGUUGCUCUCACAAUUCAAGCAGCGAGCAUCUCUAGACACGCUUUCUACGAGACAUUCAAGAUUAUGCACAUCGGACUUGCUGCCCUCGCCGUUGCUGGCCUUUACUACCAUUUGAACCUGAAGGAUUUGCCGCAACUGAAGUGGCUGAUCCCCGUGAUCCCCAUCUGGAUUGCUGAUAGACUUGCCCGCUUCACGCGCAUCGCAUGGCAUAAUUUCGGCUGCGGAGGAACCAAGACUUUGGUAGAGGCUCUGCCGGGCAACGCAUGUCGUGUUACCGUCACCAUGGCUCGGCCGUGGACCUUCAAGCCCGGACAGCAUGCUUACCUGUACCUGCCGACGAUCAGCCUCUGGCAGUCGCAUCCAUUCUCACUGGCUUGGAGCGAGGAGGCAGAGGACUUGAACGGAGAGAAACUGGCUAUGAAUCGACAGGACGUUCUCGCAAUGCGCAAGACCACCAUGUCUUACGUCAUUCGUGCUCGCACCGGCGCAACCGACACCCUUUAUCAACGGGCUGCAUCACAGCCGGAGGGUCGAUUAUGGACGACUUGCUUUGUGGAGGGCCCCUAUGGAGGUGUGCACAAGAUGCACUCGUACGGUACCGUGAUGCUAUUUGCCGGCGGUGUGGGUAUCACUCACCAAGUACCCCACGUACGUGACCUCGUUGCCGGUUACGCUAACGGCACCGUGGCCACCCGCAAGAUCAUCUUGGUUUGGAUCAUCCAAAGCCCUGAACAUCUCGAGUGGAUUCGGCCGUGGAUGACGGAGAUCUUAGCCAUGGACAAGCGACGGGAGUGUCUGCGCAUCAUGCUUUUCGUUAGCAGGCCACGCUCGACCAAGGAGAUUCACAGCCCGUCAUCAACCGUUCAAAUGUUCCCCGGCCGGCCCAACAUCGAGACCCUCAUAGGCAUUGAGAUGGAGCAGCACAUCGGCGCCAUGGGCGUCUCCGUCUGUGGGCCUGGUGGUCUCUCUGACGAGGUGCGCCAAGCUGUGCGCAGAAAACAGUAUAAUGGCCACGUUGAUUUCGUUGAUGAGGCUUUCUCAUGGUAA